AUGCGUCGACUUGUAGUAUUCCUGUUUUUCACCAGCAAAUAUAUUUGCGAUUGCCAGGAGGGCUCGCAAUACCUCCAAAAUGCCGUCCGCGAUCUACGCAAAAUGAAUUUCCGCCAAACUUUAAGGAGAGCCGAUACGAAAUUUUUGGAGGAGUCCACCAAACUCCCGAUAACAGAUGAAGAAAACACUCCAGCCGCAAUUGAAAGAAGGGUGGUCUACCAAAACGGCAACGUACCACCCCUAACUCUAACGAAAGGAGAAUUGGCGGCUUUGUACGAGAACGCAGUUCAUAAAGGCGAGACGAUUAAAUUAAAUGCGGGAGAUAAUUCUUACGUUCAUGCCGCUGUAGCUGAAUUGGAUGGUUCGGAAAGUAAAAUCCAUUCCCACGAAGAUCACUCAGACGAUACGGAUGGUUACUAUUACUACUAUUACCCCAUCAAGAGCUUUCUUGAUGAGAUGUCUUCGCAGCCAGCUCACGGCCACAAUGAUAAAAUUCACUUUCCCUCGAAUCCCCCAUCAGAUUAUCACAUAGACCCACAUGAUCAUUACGAUCACAUUCAACCCUACAAGGAGCAUCAUGAUGACCAUACGAAAUCCAAGUACCAAUAUCAUUCACACCAUCACGAGCAUCUCAUCAAUAUAUCACCAACUAACAAGCAAGCAGUUGAGGAGAAGAAACCUAAAGCGAUGGAACCACUCUUCAUGGCGAUAUCGGGCUUUAUAGGAGUUGCAGUUGCUAUAGCUCUAUCGGUUUUGAUGAUACCACGGAUGGCCAACCCUCUGGUCGGCAAUAAAAAAACCGCCAAACACGAACGGAUAUCGGAUAUAGCGAGGAUCGCUAUAUCCGCCAUAGAAGGCAAUGACUGCACUGAAAGGUUCGCUUGCGAGUUAGGCAACACUGCAAGAUCCUUUAAUUUGCAAGAAAAUAGGUUUGUUAAAUUGUUGAGGAGGAUGGCCCCUUCAACCUUUGGAAAGCACAUUGAUAAAGUUGGACGAUACUCAAACAAAAGAUUGAAAUGUACGGCUAUUCCAUGCAAGAAAAAACCGCCGAAGAAUAAGAACAGUCAAAAGAAAAACGCUCAAAAGAAAUCUUAG